GAUCUUAAUUUACUUUAUAUAAAUUAAUCGGAAUUAAAUCAAUAAUUAUAAGGAGUAACGUCUUAAUUCGGUGAGAUAAUUUACUUUGUCAGAAAAUAAGAAUUAUAUGUUGGUAAAGCCAAGCUAAUGAGCCUUUGCAGGUAAUCCAUAUUCAUCCGCUCCGAGUUCCUGCCUCACGCGCAGCGAGGCGAGCGGAACCCGGAUGGAACUGUCAUGGCUGCCGUCACCGACCUGCCAGUCUAAAGAGAAAAAAGAGGAUAUUUUAUUCUAAAGCAUGGAGGUUGACCUGACAGCAUCAGAUGAUCCCCCUGAAAGCCAUGACCAGAAUCAGGAUGAUGACAUGUCACUGGAACACAUUCUGCCUCUUGAGUUGGCACAUCAGCUUCCCGAGACAGGCUCUUACAAUGAGCAUGCUGACCAAGAUGAAACAGUCCCUGAGGAGUCAGGUACCGCUCAUCUUCACGCAGACAGCAAAGCUCCUGGAAAGUCUCAGUGUAAAAUGCAACAAGGUGCCAUAUUCUCUGGAAAAAUUCUCAGUUUCUGUUGCUCUGAAUGCAAAGACGACGCCCAUUACAGCCCUAAUGACUUGCUGAAACAUUUUCAAGGUGCUCACAUAGGGACCCUUCCGACGUAUCCAUGCGAUCUUUGCUCAUUCGUCACCAACGAGUUCUCUUCCCUUCAGCGGCAUCGCAUCGGACAUCGAAACACUUUAGUCACAUGCGAGAUCUGCAACGACGGGGUGCAGUAUUCGCUUCUAUGGCUCACCAGGCACUACACCAACUGCCACAGCCUUAACGGACAUUUUUCCUGCAAAAAGUGUGAGUUUUCAACCAGAGAUGCAGGCACCUUCGUUCAACACAUUCAUCACCACAACGAACGAAAUCACAAGUGUGUAAAAUCGGCACAUGUGAGCCAAAUGCAAGGAGAGCUUCAGAGGCACAACCUGGUGCAUUCCGCGCAGAAUUCAUUUCCGUUCUCUUGUCAACUUUGUGGCUACAGUGCAGCACGUAGAGAGUACCUUAGCAAGCAUAUUACUGUGGCACAUGGCGAUGAGGUGGAUAGAACAAACAAGUGGAAAGCAAAUGAGGACAAUUCUGUCGUGAAUUCAUCUGGACUAAAAUUGUUGCUCAAAAAGACACCUCCAGGUGCGGCCAGAGAAUCGCAGUGGAUGUCAAAACUAAACUCUCUCCCUGGCGUUGGCUUGCUUGAUCAUAACGGCAGAUUGUUUAAUCCUGAAAAAACCUUGGAGGAGACCCAACAGUUCCUUGAAAGAGCCGUUGGGGUUACAAAAGAGAGUAAUAAAUGGACAAAGUCUCCCCUUAAAAGUGAGCCACAGGGUUUGCACGCCAUUUCAUCAUCAACACCACAGCCAAAGUUACAGGAACAUGAGAACAGUCCCGCGAGAGAACUUCUGAAUCCAAACAACAGUAACGGACUGACUGUUCUUAUGGUGAAAAAUAAAAUUUCUAUUCCACCCAACUGCACCACUAAAGUAAUGGGCUUUAAGAUGGUAGAUGGUAAAAAACACUUGGUUCUAAAAGUCAUACCAGCAAAACAGGAGGAGUCCAUUGAAAAUGUGAGUUGUGAUGCACACACUGGUGUAGAUGAAGAUAAAACAACCAGUACUCCCAGCUCUUCGUUCUCAUCAACAACAGGAUCUCUCAUCAGUUUAGAGUCUGGAGAGUCAAAUGAGACUGGUGCUAAAAAGCUUCUGAAUUCUUCAGUAAAGGAAGAGUCACUAGAAUGUGAAAAUCAAACUGGCAACCAUCUCUCCUUUAUAGAGGUGCACAAAGUAAGCGUUAAGAAGGAAAAUAAAGCCCCUCCUGCCUCCGUGAAUGUUGACACACUUUCUACAGCAUCAAAAAAUCUUACAGUUUCCCUUUGUCACAGCACUCAAUCCAAUGGGAGGUCAUCACCUCAUGAGGAGUCUUUCUGUUCACGUGUAAGAGGCGCUAUUGAUAGCCAGUUAGUAAAUCCACUUUCCGAGAUACCUCGGAAAGUGGAUUUACUAGUGGAUUCGCUAACGACUGAAACAGAAUCCUCUAAAGAUAAAACGGUAGGGUCAGCUUCAGUCCCUGAUGAACCCUCUGUAUCACAAUUGCCUGAUGAUAAAAUUUCUAAUGCGAUUUCCCAUGCAAAUUCGGACCAUGAAAUGACUGUUGAUGAUAAACCUACAAGCACCAAUAUCCAGCAAUCAAAAAUAAGUGCUGGUAAGAUGUCAGAGGAAUCGCUUAUCCAGAAAAUAAAUAAAUAUCAGUCAUGUAAAAAUAAUGUGGAGGAAAAUGACUGUGUUAAAAUUCCCAUAGAGAGCACAGGUUGUGAUUUGUUGGCUAAAGACGGGCAGGAUUCGGAUAUCGAUAAAGUUCACAUCUUAAAUGAGACGACUGCUGUUAAGACAUUUUCUUUAGCUGGAGAGAACAUUAAGUUUCCAACAAAUUUAAGAUAUGCCUCAAAUCAGUCCUCCGACGUUAAUAAAAAUUUGUCAAAUUGUAGCCUGUCUAAAAUGAGUAGAGGUGAUGCCAAAGAUUGCAGUGCAGAGGUCGAAAAUAACUCCCUAAAUUCUCCAAGUCAAGAGGUCUUCAGUUUUCACAAUUAUUCUAAAGACACCUCAGGCAGCUCGCCUGAGUCACUGCAACCUGAAGAAGAUUCACCACAUAUGUUAGAAGAUGAGGAGUGUGAGGAUGAUUUUGGCGAUUGGAGCUUAACCCUUCCUGCAUCUCCUCUUCCAAACGAAAAAUUGGAAGAAGUUGAAAGUAGCAGACAGGGAGGUGCUAACGACGGCGUUGCCAAAAGCGGAGAGAAAGAGUUAGAACGUGUGUCAGAUAGUGAUAUCGAGGUUGAUGAGUGCAUAGCUACUGUUGACGAUGCGCUAGUUCCUGUGCUUCCUGAGGAAAAAGAAAUAGAUUUUUCUGUGUCAGACACGAAACAAGAAGACUGCACCCUCGUGGGCGAUAAAGCACCUGCAAAUUUGAACAGCGCUGCUGUUUUGGGCAAGAUACUUGAAAAGCACUCGGAUGCCAUCAUCAGUCAGCAACUUGAAAAGGAAAGAAUGACUAAUUCAGCACAUGAAUCUGUUAAGCCAACCAAAACCACACUUAGGAUCCUGCAGACACCUGAAGGAAAACAGCAGAUGUUUCUUCAAACAUCGGAGACUCCGUAUGCCGUGCCGGUUCAGCUUAAAAGUGGCGCCGGGUUUAAAUUGAUCACCAAGUCCUGUUCUCCUAAAAUAAACGUUUCAUAUGUACCUGGGAUCGAAACACCCAAUAGGACCACCGGAGUAGCUCUCACGUUAAAUGGAGGGAGGAUUGGAAUGGCUGCACAUAAUUCAAGCUUGGAAGCCAAAGGUCAAACAUCCGCCAACGUUGGAAAUCGUUUCCUCGUCAACGCUGCUUCUCUUAAAGGACCUAUUCUGUUAUCAGGUGCUGUCAAGUCUUCAUCAGAAGACCAGGUGAACAACACGCAACAGACUUGUUAUUUAGUUCAGAGACCGGUUCCUGUCACCCCGGAGUCUGGUGAAAGUUCCAAGACUGUUCUAUCAACCCGUCCUGUAUUGGCCAUGCCCGUGAAAGCAGCAGAUAAAAGCAGCUCCUUGCAAAUUGGGAGACAAGCUUACUUGGUGAGAUACAUUUCUCCAGCUAAGUCAGGUGUGCUUUUGAGUAACUCUGAUGGGAAAGCGCCGAACCAGAGCAACCAAGGAAACGAGGGCGGCAAGCAAAGAGUUUUCCUCAAGAUUGUAAGAGGUCCAAACGGCACCAGAUUUCUCACCACAGCUCCAUACGCCGCAGGCAAGAAACCUGUAUACCUUGCCACUAGCUCUUUACAGUCGCCUUGCUUGCUGAUGUCCUCCCAUAAUUCUUUUACCAACGCAUCAACAGGCCUGACGUCUAAUUCCCAAGGUCUCAAACUCAUCCCAGCACAGAUGAAACAUGUUGUAUCCCAAUCAAAUGUUCAAAGCAGAGGUUAUCAUAAUGUAGCAUUACAAAAAGCGGCACUCAUUCCCAGUCCCACCCGUCCACAAAGGAAGAGGAGGAAAAAGACUUUGUUCGAGGAUUUUACAGAGCGUGCUCCUAAAACUAGGAGAAUCUCUAACAAGUCGGCGGCCGAGAAAGAUGCUACCUCAAUUUGGGAGCCGGCCGGGAAAGACGUGGAGAGAACGCUGAGGCUCUGUCCCUUUAGUCCACUUCAAGAAAUCAAAUAUCCCCGUCGAAACCAGCCUGUGGUUGUGCUGAACCACCCUGAUGCAGACAUCCCUGAGGUCACCAGCAUCAUGAGGUCAGUGAACAAGUACAAAGGAGAGGUUCAUAAAGUGGCGUUAUCACAAAGCACAGUUGAAGCCCUUUCUGAGCUGAGCCAACUUUCAAAGCAGUAUGCUUCCAGCAGCAACGCCGGUGCGAGACCAAGGCCGGCAGGACGCACCGUUGCGGAGAGAUUCAUUUUGAAACUUAAGUUAAAAAAGACAAGCAGAAAUAAGUAUGAGGUUGUGAGGUCCUCAUCUGCCGGCUUGGAGCAGCAGUCGACAUUUUGUUGCUGGUUUUGUGGUCGAGUCUUCAGCAACCAAGAGGACUGGAUCGGCCAUGGUCAACGGCAUCUUAUGGAAGCGACAAGAGACUGGAAUAAACUGUUCUAAUGCACCUACAGAGCCCCUGGAAUGGGCUUAAAUGCCAUCCUUCAUUGUAGAAUACCGCUUUUAUUAUCCUUUCCUUUUUUAAUAUUACCGUAAGAUACAGUAAACCUGUCAAUAUUAUUUUCCAUAGAUUUUCUCCAGAAGCUUUUAAAGGGUAUAGUGUAAUAGAGGAGAGUUUGGUACCUGCAAGCAGUUCGUAUGUAAAUAAUUUUAACCCUUGUAUAUUUAAAUGGAAACUUUUGAGUAUGUAUAGAACGGAACUGUGAAAACUGGACACACUGUAUGUUUUUUUUGGUGCACGCAGAAAGAUCACUGGUAUGAAAAGAAGGUGCUGUCUCUUAUAGACCUCUUUUAACGCAGACAAUUGAACAGAUUUCUCAGGUAAUUCCAUAAUCUUUGAAAGAAUGGUCCAUAAAGAAUUGUCUUCAAUAUGAAGCUGUGAUUGAUUGUAGAUGCAUAUGUCAUACCUACAUUGUAAAAGGUCACGGAAUCUAUUGAACACGUUUUGAUUUCCCAUUAAUGUCUUUGGAUGUAGAAUUGUUCAGAAUGAAUGGACGUAAAAGAUUUGGGAAUUAUGACAAACAUGACUAAAAACGAACCAACCGGUUCCUGUGGAAGCCACCCUCUUAAAACUAUUACUUGUCCUUUGAGGUGGUCUGCCAAUAUUACGCUGUUUUUAAAAGUUCUCAUGUUGUUUCUUUAGGUCGGAUUUUUGCUUUCCUGGUGCCAUGCACCUACCGUCAUUACAUCAACAAAGACCCCUGGUCAUUUUAGUAGCAAUAAUGGACUUUAUAAUAAGUGCAAAAAAGUUCUCUGUAAUCAUUGUUCUGUGGCCACACCUGUUAGUUAUCACUUUAGUUCAGUUGUUUUCUCCUUGUCUCUCCUAUUUUCAAAUGAAGAAAUGCACCUGUAUGUGUAUGAUUAUGCUUUACUUAAACAUUUAACAGGGUUAAUUGAGAUGUAAGCCAACAAACCUCGAAUAUCCAACCAAACACUAACUGUAUUUUCAUUUUCUGUGAUACUUGAGUGCCUCGUUCUGCCUCAAAGUUUUGAAAGGGGGUCUUUUUCUUUUCAUGGUUAAAUCCAGAUUUGUAAGAUUCUUGUGUGCUUAGUGGAGUUCAAAGGUUAAAUUGUGACCAUUCUUUGGUAGAGUUCAUUGGUUUUUGUUUUUGAUUGAUUUGCUCAACAUUUAUAUUAAAAGUUGUGAUUCAUUCGGAGACUCCCCAAACCAGGAUGUUCUGAUACAUUUUUGUUAUCGGUAGCACCAAUAUCAAGUUCUCAGUCGCACCAUGUGACAGAAAUAAUCCAUAAAACAGCCGGCUAAAGCAUUACUUAAUUUCCUUAAGGUAAUUUCAAUUAUUGGUUUUGAGAAACCGAUCAACCCAAUUUAUUUUCCUGUGUUGAUUCUGGAUAGACUACUCAUAAGUAAUCUGAUCUGCUACAUUUUCAUUUAUUUGUUUAGCAGACUACACUAUAAUCUCUUUUAGAUCUUAAUUUUAGGAGAGAUGUUUUAAUAUGUUGGUCAGUAAAUCUUAAUCCACGGUGCUUGAUAGUGUCGAAGCUUUGAUGGCAGAGAGGUAAUAAUCCGUCCUUCAUUUCAUAGUGUUCAGUGUUUUUAUAGUUGUAGAAUGUAUCGGUGGUCAUUCCCUAAAGCUUUGGUUUCCUGUUUGGACAGUUAAUGUUGCAGUUGGUUACAUGAGAACUUUGUGUUGUUGGACUAGAAAAUUUUUACUUCGUUUUAUUAAUGUUCACUGUCUCUCACCAUCUUUGUAACACGACAAUCACUGUUAUACAAGUGAAAUUGUGGAAUUGUUUAUGCAAACCAUAACAGUUGACUAAUAGCUCAAUGGUCCAGCGUGAAACUAGUAAUGUGUUAUGCCUUGAAGGAGCAAAAAUAGUCUUCACUCAGUCACCUGUCAACCAAAUAAUGUUUGUCCCGAGUCAAAAAAAGUGUUUCCUUCUGGCUGUAAUGCCCAUGUCACAGGUUUUAUUGGAUCUGAGAGACAAGUUUAUUUUUUUAUGCUAAGUGCCUAAAAUGUGAUGCACCAGGUUCACACUAUAUUGUACUGUAUUUACCUCCUUGCAGAUCCUUCUUUAAUAAAUGUAAAUAUCUUU